AUGACUGGAGGCUUUGGUUUGAGGCUUGCGUGGCUCUUGGUUGUUCGUCGUUGUGUUGGAGUGUACCGUCAGGAAAGAAAGGUUAUCGCGAAAGCUGCACGAGGAAAGCUCCGGCGGAAGUUCCGCGUCACGCUUCACCGCCGGCCUCCUAACAAACACAAACAACGAGAAGCUUCCACAACACAACAGGCACCACACGAGGCCAACUAA